ACUGUAUUCAAUCCGUUCAUAAUUGAGUUGAUUAUUUGGUGAAAUAAAGAAAAAGAAAAGCAAAGCUCAGAAUUCUAUCCAGUUUCUACAGAAACCAAACUGUUUGAAGGCCAAGUUUCUUGAAAGGAAUCAUGGGUGAUCAAGAUCUCUCACAAACACUUGGUGAUUUAUUAGAGAUCAAAGGCAAAUACAUGAACAGUUCAUCAAGAAAUCUUUUAUGGAAGAAAGUGAUGGAAGCUCAAGCCAAGAGAUCAACAUGGUUAGGGAGUUUGAACCAGAAGUUGAUCACUAACAUUCAAGCCAUCAAAGCAUCUGGAGGAGGAAGAGGCCAACAGCAUCAUUCAAACUUAGCCAUAAUGAAAACCAGAAGAAAUCCCACCAGAAAUAAUGCUCUAAAGAUGAUAAAGAGGAGAAGACUGCGAAGGGUCGGUCAAGAAGGUUCUAGAAGGGCUACCACGAUGGCGAUCGAGAGGAAGGUUAGAACCCUAAAGAAACUGAUCCCAAAAGGGGAGUCUACAAUAGGUCUGGAUGGGCUGUUUAGAGAGACAGCUGAAUACAUAUCGAAUUUACAAAUGAGAGUAAGAAUCAUGCAGGCUGUGGUAGAUGCAUUGUCCAAUUCUGAAUGAGACCGAUCAUAUCGAUUGCUCAUUCCAUUGAUUUAUGAGAUUAUAAUAAACAUGAUAUAUGAUCAUUAUAUGAUUUUCUAUGGUUAAUUAAUUACAGAUUCAUACUGGUUUAGUU